GCCCAGCCCAGCCCAGCCCAGCCCAGCCCAGCGCUUCAAUAAAUACGCCCAUCCCUUCACUCUGUUUGACGUUCUUCUCUCCAAACUCGAAACACAACUGACCAAAACUUCCCAAGCAUCAUCAUGUCUACUCGGAAAACUGCAGCAAACACACAGCAGCGUGCCGCCUCAACCUCCCAAUCGGCAUCGAAGGCCCAGGAUCCCGCGAUCCUCGCCGAAGAAGAAAGGGAAGCUCGGUUUGCGGAACACUGGAUGCAGACAUUGCCGCACGCAAACGACGAGGUCACAUAUUAUGUGGCCUUCAAGCCGGCGGGCGACGCCAGCGCGCGCGACGCCGUCACGCCCGAUGAGGUCGGGAGAGCCGUGGGCUCGCAGCUCAAGCUCUCUUCCGCCGACCGCGUCUCGGGCCUGUUCGACAAGAUGGAGGAAGGGAAACCCCUCGGCAAAGUCGAUGUCGCCCCCGUCAACGGCGACACCCUCGACAUGGUCAAGGAGAAGUUCGAAGUCACACGCAUCACCGUCAUUCUCAAGCAGGGCGGCAAGCGCACGGCGGUCAUGCCGACGGCCCGCACACACACUGCCCCUCAGGGCGGCGCUUAAGCACACUACUACCCCUCGGGGCGGCGCUUUCACGAUGGCUUUGCCGGACGGAAUGCAAGUCAGGUUUCUUUGUGGGUACUGGGGGGCCGCCAAGAUAUUGUAUACUAUGUAGUACAUACUAUUAUUAUAUACCGGUUAUCUGCUGCUACGAUGGUGGAGGAACGAGGCGAAGGCUGACUGGGGCCAUC